AUGAAGAUGAGGAAGAGACAGAUUGACGAAGACCUAGAAAGCGAAACUCUUCAUAAGUAUUAUGAAGUUCAAAACAUAUCAAAAAGCACCUCGUCGCUGGGCUGCACUCCAACAACAAAAGGCCACACCCCCUUCCUUCGAAAGCCAGUCUGGCUAGUAACCGGCGUCUGGGAAAAUCGCGACCUUUUCUUUCUCCGUCAAUCACUACUAUCUUUAAUGGCACAUUGGGAGGAAUUUAGGAAUGGUGUUCCUUGUCCAUUAAGCUUUUCAGAGGAGGGGUUGAAGCUUCACGCAAAGGAAGAAGAAAACAUGGAUGGUAUCGGGCAAUUACUCAAAAUUUCUCAGGAUCAGGGGGUGUUACCGGUGGAUGAUGGAAUGGUUGAACAUGAAGACUAUGAAACGGCAAAGGAGAAUAGAAUAGUCGGAAAUUCAAGGAUGGAAGCAAUAAUAUGGAUCAAAUGGUCGUCGUCUAGUUAUCUGAUCAAGGAGCACCAGAUCUUCCAGAUUGAGGGUGAGGCCGCUUUUACGGCCGUCUUCGAGGAGCGGCCUUGA